GAAGAGCAACAUAACGGACAGCAACAUAAGUUAGCAUGUAGCAUCAUCCUUAAACUGCUCCGUUGUUUUUUUUUCUCCUAAUUCCGAGAUUAAUCGACUCAAUUCAGCCUCGGUGAUGAAUUUGUGAGAAUGUGACGGUGGGCCCGGGCGGUGUUCUGGAGCAGAGAGGGACCCGGAGAGUGACCCGGUCUCUGGGGGUGGAGGGGGGCCCGCGGGAGGGAUGGAGACCUGGACCCCGAACCCCCGAGCGAAGCCGUUCAUCCCGCGCCAGCAGCGGAGCUGGUACCUGACCUGGAAGUACAAGCUGAGCAACAAGAGGACGGUCCGGAGGCUCUGUCAGGCCGGCGCCGUCCUCUUCCUCCUGAUAACGGUCAUCGUCAACAUCAAGCUCAUCCUGGACACCAGGAAGGCCGCCAGCGAAGACGCAGCAGCUCAGGAGUACGAAGAUGUCCCUCCCAACAUGGAGACGCCUCGCAGGCCGGCCCACGGACACAAGGUCCUGGACAUCGAGGUGUACUCCAGCCGGUCCAAGGUGUACGUGGCGGUGGACGGCACCACGGUUCUGGAAGACGACGCGCGGGAACAGGGCCGGGGGGUCCACGUGAUGGUUCUGAACCAGGCCACGAACAGGACAGAUGUCUCCCUGAAGGUCUUAGGAAAGGUCCGGUCCCAGAACCCACUGGGCCAAGUCUCACAGCAUCAUGUCUGCAAGGAGGAGGAGGUUCUCACUGCCCGGCAGCUCUGGAACCAAGAGGGGGACUCCACUUUGGAUCAGGAUGAACCACAGCCUCCAGAGGUGGAACCAGGACCUUCACAGAUGAAAGAGGAACAGGAGGAACUCUGUAGCAGCCAAGAUGAAGAUCAGCUGGUACUGAAGCAGGAGGCUGAGAUCAUCAUGGUGACUCCUACUUAUGAAGGAGACCACAGUGGACCACGGCCAAACUGGAACCAGCUUCUCCCUCAGAACUUCCCCAAGGCUGAGAACCAGGAUCAGGUAGGAAUCUGGACUGAAGACCCUGGAUUCAGCAGAGACGAUGAGCUGAAACUUCAGAGAAGUUCAGAAACCAAAGAUUCCAGAGGCGAUGAGGACAGUCCAAAACUAAAGAGACACGAAAAACCUCCCAUGGGUGAGAAACCUGUCUCCUGUCAGAUCUGUGGAAAGACCUUUAGUAAAAAAUAUGCUCUUAGGUACCACAUGAGAAGUCACACAGGUGACGGUGUGUGUUCCUGUAAAUUUUGUGGUAAAAUUUUCACACUGAGAGGUCAGCUGAACGUGCACGUGAGAGUUCACACGGGGGAGAAACCGUUCUCUUGUCAGACGUGUGGAAAGAGUUUCAGUCAGAGCAGCUCUUUGACUCUUCACAGAAGGACCCACACCGGUGAGAAGCCCUAUUCUUGUCAGAUCUGUGGAAAGUCUUUCUCCUGCAAAAGCAACCUAACGGAGCACGUGAGGACUCACACAGGCGAGAAGCCGUAUCCUUGUGACUUUUGUGGAAAACGGUUUUCCCAGAGUUCUCACUUGGUUCACCACAGGAAAAUUCACACUGGUGAGAAGCCCUUUUCAUGUCAAAUCUGUGGAAAAAGUUUCUUUCGGAACAGUAUUUUAAUGAGUCACAUGAGGACCCACACGGGUGAGAGGCCUUUCACAUGUCUGACUUGUGGAAAAGGUUUUAAGUACAAAUAUGCCCUGAACACCCACAUGAUCAGCCACAUGGGAGUGAGACCGUACACCUGUCUGACCUGUGGGAAAGGCUUCAAUAACAAAAGUAUUCUGACGAAUCAUUUCAGAAUUCACACGGGCGAGAUGCCGUUCUCCUGUCAGAUCUGUGGAACCAGCUUCAAUCAAAAGUCCAAUUUAGUCCGACACAUGAGGAUUCACACGGGGGAGAAGCCUUUCUCCUGUCAUGCCUGUGGGAAAAGUUUCAACCAUAAAUGUAAUUUAAUCCGGCACAUGACAACUCACAGAGGUCCGAAGGUGUAA